AUGGGCGGCGGUGCGUAUGCGCCGUCUUCCCCAAACAACUCGCGCGUAAUAGUUCCUGCCCCCUCCGACGAGCAACUGGACCUCGAAGAAGAGCUGGAAGCCAAGAGAGAGGAAGAGGCCGCACAAAAGCAGAAAGCGGCGGUGGCACAUGUCGUAGAGAAUCUCUUUCCGUACGCACCUGUGACGGUGCAGACGCAAAAGUAUCCAAGCUCGAGUGCCAAAGCAGGUCAGUCUUACCUCUGGAUUACAGUAGAUGAGGCACAAAUUAAGCGAAGAGGAGGCGGAGAGAGUCCAAUACGGUACCCUGUGGGCGCAGCAGUCGAUAAAGACGGCAAUGUGUUCGUAUCGGAAGCAGGCAGUACACCAAAAGCCAAUUCGAACGAGUCUGCCACUAUGUGCAAGAUUUCAGUCGAUAACAUCAUGAACGUUGCGGUGAACAAAGAUUCACCACCAGUGCUAAAAGCACCAAAAUUGGUAGAAGCGCAGCAAACAGAGCUGGUCGUCAAAUGGAAGAAAUCAACGGACUCGACGGUGGAUCGCUAUGAGGUGCAGUACCGUCGAGCUGACAGCGCCAAUAACGCGUGGGCAGGACUAGCAGUAGUCACAGCCUGGAAGCAUGUCAGCUUAAGCGGUGUGAAAUGCCACAGCCCGUUCGAGUUCCGCGUUCGAGCACGAAAUCCCGGGGGAUGGAAUGACUACAGUGAUGCAAGUGAAAUAUACUGGACUUUGCCCGGACCUCCAGACGUCCCACGACAGCCAAUUGCUGGUACUGUCUCCAAUACGUAUGCAAGUAUUUUCUGGUUUCCUGUUGAAGCCAAUGGCGCACCACCAGUUAUUUAUUCUCUUGAACUACGAGAGAGCGGUGGAAGUCAACAAUCGUCUUUUCUCCGGGUAUAUGAGGGGACGGGAUUUGGAUUUGUUGUCGGAGGACUGACUCCAAAAACGACAUACACGUUUCGUAUACAGGCAUCAAAUAUUGUUGGGGCUACGAUGUUCGUUGAGAGUAAACUUGUCAAAACUAUGGCUUAUGGUAAACCAGAGAUCGUGGAGCUCACGAAGGCAGAGAAAAUUGCAGCUUACGACCGCUGGGUACAAUGCUGGGAUCCCAAAACAGAGCAAGUGUUUUACUUCAACAAGUUCACAAGUCAGCGAGUUAUCGAAGAACCUCCGGAGCUUGCCGUCGUCAGAGAGGAGAAGGGUCUUGUCAACGUUGACGAGACUCCGGAAAUGAUUUUCAGACGGAAGCGAUUUCGUUUUCAUCGUGAAAUUCGUCAAAGUAUGCAGGGUCUCAACUUCGGCAGCAUUAUGAAGAUUGAGCUUCAACGCGAGUCGAUGUUUGAGGGAACAAUGAAGUACUUUCACUCCUUAAAGAAAGCUGAUCUGGUAGCCAAACCUAAGAUUUCAUUCGAAAAUGAACCAGGAAUCGACUCUGGUGGACUAUCCAAGGAUUGGUUUCUGCAAGUGUCGAAGCUUGCUACUCGUAAGGAUCGACGGUUGUUUGAACUCUGCGAUGAAGGUUUUUAUACAGUCGAUAUCGCGUCGUCUCAAGUCCCAAAUUUUGCCCAGCACUACAAGUUUUUGGGCAAAUUCAUUGCAAAGGCAAUAUUUGACCGACAAACGCUGGAUUUGCCCCUAUGUGACGCCUUUUACAAGCGUGUUUUGCAGCUACCUACCGGAAUGAAUGAUCUCUAUCAAAUGGAUUCACAGUAUCACAAAUCUUUGGUGUGGAUGCUUGAAAACGAUAUAGAAGAUGUGAUUGACGAGACUUUCAGUGUGGAGAUGGAAGGAGGUGCAAAGAAGCCGAUAGUCGUGGAUUUAAAGGAAAACGGUCGAGAUAUUCCAGUCACAGACGUCAACAAACAAGAGUAUGUAGACCUAGUGGUUCAGUGGCGUACACAGUUUGGCGCUCAAGCACAAAUGGAUGCUGUAGUUCAAGGUUUUACCACUCUCAUCCCUCUGUCUGCUAUUAAACUUUUUGAUAUGGCGGAGUUAAAAAUGUUAGUGAAUGGGAAACCAACGAUCGAUGUGGAAGAGCUGCGCUCCUGCACAGUUUUCCAAGGUGGCUACGAUGAGCAUACCCAAGUUGUUCUCUGGUUGUGGCAGGCUUUGCGUAAAUUUACAAUCGAAUUACGAGGUCAGUUUUUGAAAUUUAUGACAGGCACGAACAAGAUUCCGCUGGACGGCUUUGAGCCUCCGUUAAACUUGACCAAGUCAGAUCUAGACCCGCAAGCACUGCCACGAACACACACAUGCUUCAAUCAACUCGUGCUUCCGGAAUACACUAGCUACGAAACCCUUGUGGAGAAGGUUACGUUUGCAAUCACAAAUGCUGAGGGCUUUGAGCUUUCUUGA